AUGCCUUCUCAAGUAGCGACAUGUUUGCGCUUCGCGCGCCAGUUCUCAUCGGACCCGGUCAAGCACCAGCGCUUCCUUGCGCGGAACUUUUCCAGCAGUCUGCGUCGCGCCGCGAUCAACAAGGUCUUCGCCUCCGCCGAGGAAGCCACAAAGGACAUGAAGUCAAACACAACACUUCUCGCCGGUGGAUUCGGACUCUGCGGUGUGCCAGAUACGCUGAUCAAUGCGGUCCGAGACAAUACUUCCAUCCAGGGUUUGACCGUGGUGAGCAACAAUGCCGGUGUUGAUGGGUCAGGCUUGGGUCUGCUCCUGCAGUCCAAGCAGAUCAAGAAGAUGAUUGCUAGCUACGUCGGCGAGAACAAGACCUUCGAGCGCAUGUACUUGACCGGCGAGAUUGAGCUGGAACUCACUCCCCAAGGCACACUCGCUGAGCGCUGCCGCUCCGGCGGUGCGGGCAUUCCCGCCUUCUAUACUCCCGCUGCCUUUGGUACCGUUGUGCAGACCGGCGACCUUCCUUUGCGCCACAACAGCGACGGCACCGUUGCUCUUUACAGCAACGCUCGCGACACCAAGGUCUUCGAUGGCAAGAGCUACGUGAUGGAGGAGUCCAUCAAGGGUGACUAUGCCUUUGUUAAGGCGUGGAAGGCGGAUAAGCUGGGCAACUGUCAAUUCCGCUAUGCCGCGGCCAACUUCAACGGCGCUAUGGGCCGCAACGCGAAGAUGACCAUUGUCGAGGCGGAGCACAUUGUGGAGCCUGGCGAGAUCGAGCCUGCUGCGAUUCAUCUACCUGGUAUCUACGUCAAGCGCGUGAUCCAGAGCACCACUGAGAAGAAGAUUGAGAAGUACACCUUCGCCAAGGAAGAGGGUGCCGACACAUCGGCCCUGGGCAAGGGUGAUACUGCCAACAAGCGUGAGCGUAUCGUUCGCCGCGCAGCCAAGGAGUUCAAGAACGGCAUGUACGCCAAUCUCGGUAUUGGUAUGCCCAUGCUGGCUCCCAACUUUGUCGACCCCUCUGUGGAAGUGACUCUCCAGUCUGAGAAUGGUAUUCUUGGUCUCGGUCCUUACCCCAAGCAGGGACAGGAGGACCCCGAUCUCAUCAACGCCGGCAAGGAGACUGUCACCCUGAAGCCCGGUGCCUCGGUCUUUGGCAGUGAUGAGUCCUUCGGCAUGAUUCGCUCCGGUCGCAUCGAUCUGACCAUUCUUGGUGCUAUGCAGGUCAGCGCCAAGGGUGACUUGGCCAACUGGAUGCUGCCUGGCAAGAUCAAGGGUUUCGGUGGUGCCAUGGACCUCGUCUCCAACCCAUCUGCGACCAAGGUGGUCGUCACGAUGGAGCAUACCGACAAGAAGGGUAACCCCAAGAUUGUCAAGCAGUGCGAGUUCCCACUCACCGGACCCGCUUGUGUGAGCCGUAUCAUCACUGAUCUUUGUGUCUUCGACGUCGACUUCACCGACGGCUUGACGCUGAUCGAGCUUGCGGAUGGUGUGACUGUGGAGGAGGUCAAGGCCAAGACCGAGGCGCCUUUCAAGGUUGCCGAUGACCUGAAGCCUAUGUUGUAA